AGGUGUCUGCAGCAGUCAGUCAUCCAACGGCCAGCUUCUACCAGAGGAGACUCGGAGGGCGCGAAGAUGAGUCAGUUUAAGGAGCGCUUCGUGGCUCUGCUCCACGAGAGUAACUUUGUGACAGAUCAGCUGGCAACGCUGGAACAAAAAACAGGAGUGAAGAGGGAGUAUCUGGCCCUGGGUUUUCUGGGGUUUAUUGGACUGUAUCUUCUGUUUGGAUAUGGAGCCUCGCUGCUGUGCAAUCUGAUUGGCUUUGUCUACCCAGCUUAUUUCUCCAUCAAGGCCAUAGAGAGCAACGUGAAGGAGGACGACACACAGUGGCUGACCUACUGGGUCGUCUACGGACUCUUCAGCAUCGUAGAAACCUUCUCCGACAUCUUCCUCUUCUGGUUCCCAUUUUACUACGCUGGCAAGUGCUUGUUCCUCAUCUGGUGCAUGGCUCCGGUGACGUGGAACGGCUCCGACAUCUUGUACAAGCGCUUGAUCAGGCCAUUUUUCUUGAAACACCAGACUGCCAUGGACAAUAUGGUCAGCGAUCUUAGCGCCAAGGCCAAGAACCUGACUGACACUGUGGCAAAAGAGGCUGUUAACCUGGCCGUCAACCACGACAAGAACCAGUGAGGAACAGGGACAGGCGUUGUGUGAAUCUGUCUGCUGGGGUGGGUGGAAAACUGAGUACGUGUGUGAGUGUGUGUGUGUUGUGUACCUUUUGGUUUGUCCUCCCACUUCUGUGAUGAAUGAUCGAAGUCCCCCCACCUCCCCCCAGCUUCACACUCCUGUGAGAUAAAUGAUAAAAGUGCAUUUGUUCGAGCCACAUUGCCAUCGGUACUGCCAAGACAAUCAACUGUGUGGAACUGUGACCUUUUUACUCUGUGAUUUGAUUCUUGGUUCUGUAGUGUGACAGAACAGGUGGAACAUGAAUGAGAUGUCAGCAGAUUUCAGUAGCAUUUGUGUUGUAGUUAAUGUUAUUCAGGAUGUGACUGAUUGAGCCAUUAGUAACCGUAAACUGAAGCCGAUAACACUUGAGGCUAGGGAAGUGGGUUGCCUUAAAACGUGUUGUUAACCACAUAUUCCAAUUCACAACUGGAACUUUCACAUGUAGUCUUAUUGUUGUCCAAAGCCUCAGUAAGGAGGCAUAUACUCACGUGUUUGAGCUUUUGGGAAGGUUCUCAAUCUGUAACUUUUACCUGAAUGUCAUUUUUUUUUUUUUAUGUGUUAAUUUAUCACCGUAACAUGAAGUAAUAAAACUGGAAUCCUGAUAAACUGGA